CCUUCCAAAAAAACGCAUCUAGCUUUCCUUCCCCAUUGCCAUGGCUUCCUCCUCCAACGCCCCUGUCAACCCACUUACCAGCCAAAUCACCAAGAAAUUAACUCGUGAAAAUUACCUUCUGUGGAAGACUCAAUUUCUUCCCCAGAUCCGAGCCGCCUCCCUCUAUGGAUACCUUGAUGGAUCCGCUGCCGAGCCAGAGAAGUUUCUCGCCGGCACCGACAAGGACGGCAAGCCUACGAGCAUCCCCAACCCACUGCACGCGGUCUAGGUCACCCAGGACCAGCAAGUGCUCGCCUAUCUGGUGAAUUCCGUCUCCAAGGAGGUCCUCACGCAGAUGGUGUCGGUCGAGUCAGCGCACUCGGCCUGGACUGCGUUGAAGAACAUGUUCUCUUCGCAGUCCCGCUCCCGCAUCAACAAUCUUCGCAUCGCCCUCGCCAACACGCAGAAGGGCAACCAGUCCGUCCCCGUCUACUUUUCCAGGAUGCAGUCGCUCGCCGACGAGCUUGCGGCUGCUGGCAGACCCAUGGAAGACGACGAACUCAUCUCCUUCAUCCUGGCCGGCCUCGACCUCGACUACAAUCCUCUGGUAUCUGCCCUUGACGCCCGCACUGAGCCAAUUACUCUCCACGCCCUGUACUCCCAGAUGGCAAACUUCGAUCAGCGGGUGGAGUUGUUCCAUGGCUCCGGCGGCAAUGGUGGCUUCAAGUCUUCUGCAAACGCUGCAGCACGUGGGAGCGGCUAUCAGCGUGGCCGCGGGACUUCGCGUGGCCGAGGUGCUGGCCGUGGCAACCCUGGCCAAGGCCGUGGCUGCACCAGCGGCAACGCCCCUCCCUCCUACAACAGCAACAAGGGGGGCGAUCUGGCAGACCAGGAGGACCAGGAGGGCCAGGACCUCAUGGCGGCGGUUUCCGCAACGACAACCGGCCUCAGUGCCAGAUCUGCAGCAAGCCAGGACACCUUGCCAUAGAGUGCUGGUACAGGUUCACGGAGGACUACCUUCCAGAGGAUAAGGUGAGCGCAUCUGCCACAUCAAACUCGUAUGGGAUAGAUACCAACUGGUAUGCGGACAGCGGCGCCACCAACCAUAUCACCGGUGAGCUUGAGAAGCUCACCAUCCGUGACAAGUAUCAUGGAGGUGAUCAGGUCCACACUGCUGAUGGUGCAGGACCAGGUCACGGGGAGGGUGCUGCAUCGAGGCAGAUGUAGAUGAGGACUCUAUCCAUUGAUUUCAUCUAGGACGUCAAAUAAACAUGCAUGUGGUGCCAUCAAGAUAUCUUCAUCACGGUGGCAUGCUCGGCUUGGUCAUCCAUCUUUUUCAAUAGUUCAACGUGUGCUUAGGAAUAAUAAACUCUCUUAUCAUGGGGAGUCAAAUAGUGAGUCGGUGUGUGACUCAUGCCAACGUGCAAAAAGUCACCAAUUACCUUAUCCAGUGUCUACCAGUGUAUCUACCAAACCUCUUGAGUUGAUUUUUUCUGAUGUAUGGGGCGAUGCCCCCCUCUCUGUUGGUCGAUACAAAUAUUAUGUUAGCUUCAUUGAUGAUUAUACCAAAUUUUCAUGGAUUUAUCUCAUUAAUAAAAAAAUCUGAUGUCUUUGAAGUUUUUCAAAAUUUUCAAGCACAUGUUGAACGUCAAUUUGAUU